UGUCUCCCUGUCUGUCUCGUCCCUUCAUUUUCGCAGCCAUGGCUGAGGAAGAGCCUCUCAGGAGACAAGCGAGCUGUGCGGCGCCUGAAGAGGAGAAGGCCAGCCCUGAGGAGAUUGCGGAGCAAGUGGCAAAGCUAUUGGAGAUGAAGGCUGACAUAUGCCCCGAGGAAGGGAAGCAUAAGUUUGUCCUCAAGACACCAAAGGGAACAAGGGACUAUAGUCCCAAGCAGAUGGCCAUCCGAGAGAAGGUCUUCAGCAUCAUAAUCAAUUGCUUCAAACGCCAUGGAGCUGAGACAAUAGAUACACCAGUGUUUGAACUAAAGGAAACGUUGACAGGGAAGUAUGGAGAAGACUCCAAGCUCAUCUAUGAUUUGAAAGAUCAGGGAGGAGAGCUCUUGUCUCUUCGAUAUGAUUUGACUGUUCCAUUUGCACGUUAUUUGGCUAUGAACAAAAUCACCAAUAUAAAACGUUACCAUAUUGCUAAAGUCUACCGACGGGACAAUCCAGCCAUGACAAGGGGCCGCUACAGAGAGUUUUAUCAGUGUGAUUUUGACAUCGCUGGCCAGUAUGAUGCCAUGAUUCCUGAUGCAGAAUGUUUAAAGAUUGUGCAUGAGAUUCUGAGUGCCUUACAAAUAGGAGACUUUCGCAUUAAGGUCAAUGACCGGCGUAUCCUUGAUGGGAUGUUUGCAGUUUGUGGUGUUCCAGAUAGCAAAUUCCGGACCAUUUGCUCCAGUGUAGACAAACUAGACAAGAUGAGCUGGGAGGAUGUGAAAAGUGAGAUGGUUGGAGAGAAAGGACUCUCACCAGAAAUUGCAGAUAAUAUUGGCGAAUAUGUAAAGUUUCAUGGUGGCCUGAAUCAGAUUGAACAGUUGCUUCAGGAUCCAAAGUUGUCACAGAACAAACUGGCCAUGGAAGGACUUGGGGAGAUGAAGCUGCUUUUUGAAUACUUGGCCCUUUUUGGCAUUUCAGAUCAAGUCUCUUUUGAUCUGAGCCUGGCUCGUGGCCUGGAUUACUAUACUGGAGUAAUUUAUGAGGCUGUCCUUCUGCAGCAGCAAAAUGACCAUAUAGAAGAGUCUGUUGGUGUGGGCAGUGUAGCUGGAGGUGGCCGUUAUGAUGGACUAGUAGGAAUGUUUGACCCCAAGGGGCGGAAGGUGCCCUGUGUGGGAGUCAGCAUUGGCAUUGAACGAAUCUUCUCCAUCAUGGAACAAAAGAUGGAGGCUUCAGAAGAGAAGAUCCGGACAACAGAAACCCAGGUGCUUGUGGCAUCUGCUCAGAAGAAACUUCUUGAGGAGAGGCUGAAGCUUGUGUCUGAACUGUGGGAUUCAGGAAUCAAGGCAGAGAUGCUGUAUAAGAAAAAUCCGAAGUUACUGAAUCAGUUGCAAUACUGUGAGGAAACAGGAAUUCCUCUUGUUGCCAUUCUGGGAGAGCAAGAAUUAAAGGAUGGAGUAGUCAAACUGAGAGAUGUAGCUACAAGAGAAGAGGUGGAUAUUUCCAGAGGAAAGCUGGUUGAAGAAAUUAAAAGAAGAACAUCUCAUCCACAGAGUGUGUGACAGAAUUCCCUUCUUAAUAUUUGCUAUAUCCUUCACAACAAUGACAAAGCACCCUCCAGUAGGAAGGGUUUUCCUCUAUUUAUUUUAUUGUGAGGCUCCUUUUCAUCAGGCUUGAGCAGUGAUGGGCUGUAAUUUUAAAAAGAAAUAGGUCACUCCUGCAAAAUAACUUUUCUGUCAGGUUUCUAGAAGAUACCAUCUGCUAUAUGAACACUCGGUAACUCUGUAGUGAUGGUUUACAGUGGCAAAGUCGAGGCUGAUUGUUUCAGCAUUCCAGUCUAAGAAUUUCCUUUGUUUUGCCAUAAAACAUUACAAUUUUGGAAAAUAUUAUUGGCCGCGUCUAAUAAAAUAUAUUCCUACCCCCC